CUCUUUUUUGGAACCAGCGAUUGUCUCAGCACCUGGUUCACAUUCAACCUUUGAUUUCUCCAGACCCCGAUUUCUGUUCACCUCGCUCUAUAAUAAUCUCAGCAUACCAGAGCAAGACGCUCGACACCGUUCCCCCUGUUCAUCACACUUGGUCGGUGUCAUCCAACGCUUACCAUUCUGCGGGGUUUCAUGCUCUGAGCCUUAUCGCCCUCCCGUCCUUCGCCCAACCCAUAAAACCGUGGGCUACUUAGUCGACCUAAGUCCCUCUACGUGGCGGCCCGGGUUCGGUAGCCCAACUUUGCGAAGCAAUUGUUCAUAUACAUCGCGCAGGGCCCUUGCCCUCGGGCUCCAAACAGAACACUCUUCUCCGCUUCCUACCGCAGUCGUCGACUUCGCAUCUCGCUACAAAAAAUGGCCGACGCCGAAGAUGUCGAGUCCUUCAUGGGGAUAACGGGGGCGAGCCAAACGGCUGCCCAACACAUGCUGGAGUUGUGUGGUUCGAGUCUUGAGCAAGCAAUCCAACUGUGGUACACCGACGAAGAUCUCCAGCGCACAUUGAUGAAUGCCACCUCGUCGACAGCCAACCCUGCUGUUCGAGCCGCCAAUUCUGCGAGCCGGUCGAGUCGACCCAGCCGCCCCACAACCGGUCGGGAGGACGCACAAGGCGUUAUUCACUUAGAUUCGGAUGAUGACAUGCCGAUGACCGAGGACGAGUACGAUGUGGAUGAUGCUUCGGAGGCUGCCAAUAUCGCUCGGGCUGCUCAGGAGGAGGAAGAUGCCGCGAUGGCCAAGCGGCUGCAGGAGGAGCUGUACUCGGGCCAGCCCACCGACGCCGAGGGCGUACGUGCCCCCAUGGCCCGCACUACCGAAACUUUGGUUGAACCGGUCUACGGCGCUGCGGAUGACGGUGAACACGCUGCCAUGCUGGAGUACAUGCGUAGGCAACGGCAGCCUCGAGCAGGCCUUAGCUCCAACCCCUUCGCUCAAUCUGUGUGGGACGAUGCCAGCGGUCCAGCACGCCGUGCACCACGAGCGGGCUCCCAAACCAGCAGCCGUGCGUCGCGCCUCGCAGAGCUGUUCCGCCCGCCUUACGAUCUCAUGACCCAUCUAACUUGGGACGAGGCUCGCGAAGAGGGCAAGGAGGAGAAAAAGUGGCUUCUCGUGAAUGUGCAGGACAUGUCCGACUUCAACUGCCAAGCGCUCAACCGUGAUAUCUGGAAGGACGAAGCAGUGAAGGCGUUGGUCCAAGAGAACUUCAUCUUCCUCCAGUACGAAAAGAACGACGCGGCGGCGGAGCAGUACAUCACAUUUUACUUCCCUAACGAGGCUCACCAGAACCCGAACAACUACCCCCAUGUCUCCAUUAUCGAUCCCCGUACUGGCGAGCAGGUCAAGGUAUGGAGCGGGAUUCCUUUCCCGACCGCCCCGGACUUCCACGCACAGCUCGUCGAAUUCCUUGACCGGUACAGCCUAGCAGCACACAGCAAAAACCCCGUCCCAAAGACGAAGCGGCCCGAGCGCACGGUGGAUGUGGAGCGCAUGACGGAAGAGGAGAUGCUCGAGAUGGCGCUGCAAAACAGCCUGGAAUCGAAUGGCGGCCCGAGUCGGUCGAAUGUCAUCGACCCCGACGAGCUGACCAAGUCGAUAGGCGAUUUGGCGGCGGCGGCGGACAAGGGCAAGCAGAAGGCGGAUGUGCAGCAGGCAGCCCCUGCGACGACGGCCCCUGCGGAAGCGUCUGCAUUUGCCAGGAUACCCUCGGACAAGCCGCAUGUCGAACCCCCAGCCGACCCAAAAACCACGACCAGGCUGCAAGUCAGAAACCCAUCUGGGCGGAUUAUUCGUCGUUUCCGCCUCGACGACCCCGUCUCUCGCAUCUACGAAUGGCUCAAGGCUGAGCCGCUGCCGGGCAAGGAGGGGGUCGAGUUUGAGCUCAAGGCUAUACCCCAGGGAACUGAUCUGAUUCAGCAUCUGCACGAGACAAUUCAGGAGGCUGGAUUGGCUAACGGGACUGUCAUGCUUGAGUUCGUCGAGGACGAGGGCGGCGCGUCUCAAUAGGCGUGGAGCUACUGCGGAGUACUUGGGGCUGCCUUUCUCCUGAUAUUACAAUGAGGACCAUGAAUACAUCUGGACAGGGCAGAUAAUAUCGGUGGCUCGGUUUAGCAUCUGGUCUGGGUCGAGGGUCGAUCAGAAGGGAAUGAUACGGGGCGUUGGCUGGCUUCUACACAUGAUGUGGUGGCGCAUUUUAUUGUCGGUUUAUCUUUUCGUCGUUUCUUCCGCCGGAUAGAUGGCAUCAUCUAGGAGGAAACUGUGCUUGAUGCUCAGGCGGAUUUGGGCGACGACCUUGAGCGCUGCAGAGUAGAUGGGACGUGCAAGGAUGGACUUGGUGCAUUCCGCAUCUACAGCAUACCAACUGGAAGCAAGGGUCUAAGGUCUGGUACUUCAGCUAGCCGGUAAAAGAAAGAUAGACUUCCAGAACAGCACUCUUGUUCUUUG